AUGGUAGAAGGCGAUGACGGGAAUUUCUAUUGUACAGCCUAUACGGAAGAGGGAUUCACCGAGGUCCAAUUCCUCUUCCGUGCCUACUUAAUGCCGGCCACAUACCUCUUCGGCAUCCUCGCAAAUCUCAUUAAUGUCAUCGUCUUCUCACACAAAAAGAUGCGUAACCAACUCGUCAAUUGGUUCUUCCUGGCCCUUUCACUGUCAGACAUUUGCGUCUUAUUUUCAUCAUUCUUCGUCUUCUCCCUCCCAGUAUAUGCAGAAGCUUCCGGAGAUCCAGCUCUACUCCGAUUAUCAGCAUUCCUUAUCGUAUAUUCAUACCCAAUUGCGCAGACUUCUUUGACGAUGUCGGUCUAUUUGACAAUUGUCGUCUCAGCGCAUCGAUAUCUAGGCGUAUGCCAUCCAUUUUUGAUACGACGAAUAUCGAAUCGAAGCGUAGUCCGAGGCGUCAUCGCGUUUGCAGUGAUCUUUGCCAUUGCAUUCAACAUACCUCGAUGGCUUGAGCUUGAAUAUAUGCCGUGUCGGAAUAAUGAGACGAUGAGCGAGACACUUGUUGUAAUGCCGACAGCUGUCAUGAUUGGUCCGUUAUAUACCUUGAUCUAUCGGAAUGCUGCGUAUACGAUCAUCAUGUUUUUCCUACCAUUCGCCGUGCUGAUUGUGCUCAAUGUGCGCAUUGUCAAUACACUCAGAAUGUCGCAUAGAUUGCGGCGCCAGAUGACCGUGCAGCAAGGCUCGAGUAAAUCGCGUCUAUCUGGGGUGAAACCAACUGAAGGCUCAAUCAUCGAUAAAGAGCGUAAAGGACUCCAGAUGAAAGGAGCCGUUGUACUACCAGAACGUCGCGACCACGGGGUGACCAUCAUGCUGGUGGCGAUGACUUGCGAAUUUUUGCUGUUCAAUCUGCUUGCUUUCACCAACAAUAUUCUCGAGUUGAUCGGAGCCAUCGGUACAACCCCUUUGGAAACGUUGCUAGUUGAGGUCUCAUCCCUACUCGUUAAUAUUAAUGGUGCAUCAACCAUUGUCAUCUACAUGAUCUUUGGCAGCAAGUAUAGAACCAUCUUUUUAAAGUACCUCGCCGGGUCCGGGUUCUCGCGUUUCGUGUCCCAGAAUGCGGGGGCGCCCUCGCUUUUUUCGAUGGGUCCCAACGAGACGACCCAGCUGCUCGUGACCUCAACCACUAAUGACCGUUCCCGGGGUCGAAGGUCGGUGCCCGCCCUGACUGCCCAGCGGUCAGCCAGCAUAGUCGCUGCAGAGCAGAGGAAGUUCUCGAUGCGAGAAGAGGUCACACCCGCUGCCGGGCGUGGCUGUUUGAGAAGGAGUACGGUAUCGAGGCUCGGAUCAGUGCCCAGCACCGCCACAAGGACAUACCGACUCGACUCGGUGCCCGAACAACCCGGUUCGCCCAUGAUUGCUCAUCAAAUUUCCACAACCUCAUCGUCGUCAAGUGUCAUCCAAUUUCAACGCGUA